UCACAAUGAAUACUCGCAAAUCUGAAACGUCAAAGACUGUAUCCGCCACUCCAGUCAAGCGGAGAUCGACAAGAAUCACUAAUCUCCCGAAAUCAGCUCCUAAAAUCGUAAAGCGAAGCUCCGUUCGCCUCAGAGGAGCUCCACAAUGCACAUAUAAAUCGGAUUCUUCUUCGUCCUCAUCAUCUUCAGAUUCUGAUGGAGAAGAUGAGUACGCCGCGACAAAAGACGAGCUGAAAGCCGUAGAUCACGAUAAUCAAAUGGAAAUCGAUUUUUCCGAUGAAAUCGGCGAGAAUUUCUCAGAAGAAGAUAGCUGCAGUGAUAAAGAAAAUAGAAGAGUUACAAGAAGCAGGACUCCGACAAGGCUUGAAGAGACUCCAUCGAAGAGGCUUGCUCGGGAAUUAAGUAAAGCUUCAGUGUCGAAAGUUUCCACUUCAAAAACUCUAUUCAAAGAGAGUAAAUCACCUCGAAAAGUUGAGAUUUCAAGGAAAACAAAUAAAGCUCGAGUAUUUCAAGAAGAAGAUGAUGACGAUGAAGAUGAUUUCAGCGAUGAAAUUGACGAGAAAUUCUAUUCGAAAACUAACAAAAGAACACCAAUCACAAUAAAGAUCCCUUCAAAAAUGAUAACCCAGAAAGUAACUCCACUAGUGAUCAGCAAAACGCCAGGUGGAACACUGAGAACCCGUAGAAGGGCACGCCAGAACAGUGAAGAACUCGAAGAUCUUGUGGAUCCACUGGAUUCCCGAUCGGCUUCAACUCUGAAAGAGCUGGCGAGCAGGCUUCAUCUCUCAAAGGUGCCCGAGAAGCUCCCAUGCCGAGAUAUUGAGUCUCGAGAAAUUGAGAAAUUCAUUCGAGAAGUUAUUGAUCCAAAACGUGGCGAGAGCUCUGCAAUGUAUAUUAGUGGAGUUCCAGGCACAGGGAAGACAGCCACUGUUCGAGCGGUCGUCAACUCGAUGAAAAAGAGCAAAAAGUGUCAGAAAUUCGUGUACGUCGAGGUCAAUGCGAUGAUCUUCAAAAAAACUGUAUUCGUAGAGAUUUACAACGGCAUCCAAGAAGAGUACAACAUCUCGAAAAAGCCUCAAAGAGCAAAAAUCACAGCUACCGCUGCUCGCCAAGAGCUCAACUCAAUUUUCAAGCGAGAAGAUCCGAAAAGACCGCCAAUUGUUGUGCUAAUCGAUGAACUGGAUAGUCUGUGCAAUAGAAAACAAGAUGUUCUCUAUGAUAUCUUUGAAUGGACAGCACUUCCACAAUCUAAAGUCACUAUUAUCGGUAUUGCCAACACUUUGGACUUCCCGGAACGAAUGCUUUGCCAACGGAAUGCUAGUCGACUUGACAAACGUCGCCUCGUAUUCCAGCCUUAUCAACACGAGCAAAUCGAGGAAAUUGUGCGUGCGAGGCUCCAAGGAUCCAAUUUAAUUGAUCCGAAAGCUGUUGAACUUGUCGCCAAGAAGGUCGCUAUGAACACUGGAGACUUACGGCAGGCUCUCGAUUUUCUGUGUCGAGCGAUUCGUGUUGCAGUAGAGAGAAAAUCGGAAAAGCUCGAGUUGUCGCAUGUGAUUGCUGCUCAGAAUGCGGUGCUGGAACCUCUUAAAUAUCGUCUUGUAAAGGGAUUAAGGCUUCAUCAAUUCACAUUGUUCCGGACAAUUGAAUCUAUGACCCGCGAACAAGAGGAGAUCAUCUUCGCAAACAUCUACAAAAACUACUGCAUAAUCUGCUCAGAAGUCUCUGGAAUCGGCCCGGCCACCGAUAGCUUCGCCUACGGAAUGCUCCUUCAACUGGCGAGCACUUCAUUGAUAAAUCUGUCGAAAGGAGAUCACGGAAUGAUGAAUCGACGUGUGAAGCUGGGAAUGACGUCGAUGGAAGCUGAAAAGGCGAUCAAAGCGGCGAUUGAGAAGAAUAAAUCGAUUUAUUCAAUUUAAAUUUUAUAUUUAUGUGUUAUCCUCCAAGGACGUUCUAUUUAGAUUCUUUUUUGACUUAUUUUGCAUUAAAAUUCCAAUUAAAAUAAAAUAUGGACUUUG